UGCGCGGCUGCGGCUGUGGCCCGGAGCCGAACGGCAGCGGACCCGGACCGGACCCGGUGGAGGCCCCGGUGCCGGCCCCGCUCGGCCCCGCCAUGGCCCGGGACCCGGCCUUCGUGCUGCGCUACCUGGCCGAGGUGGAGGAGCUGGCCGAGGACGUGCUGGCGGCACGGCAGCAGAUCGUGGACCUGGACGUGAAGCGGAACCGGAACCGCGAGGCCCUGCGGGCGCUGCAAAAGGACCCGGAGCCCGACGAAAAGGCCAUGGUUUGCUUCGGGAGCAUGUUCAUCGAGCUGCCGAAGGCGAAGACCCGGGAGAUGCUGCUGCAGGACCAGGAAGAGCUGGAUGAAGAGAUAAACAACCUCCGGAAAGAGCUGCGUGUGAAGGUCAACCGGCUCUAUGAAGCUCAAGGUAAACCUGAGCUGAAGGGGUUUAACCUGAAUCCCAUGUCUGCCGAGGAAAUGAAGCUCAUCAACCGCAUCCUGGAGGGCUGAGGUGGCCAUGCCAUUGUGACAGCGUGUUCGGCUGUCACUGUGGGCUCAUGCCUCAGUAGCCACAGUCCUUGGGAUUUACAGGACAUUGGUGUGUCCAGAGCCCACCCAGGUGAGGGCCCUGGGAAUCGUUUUGCUCCUUAGUUACAACACUGCAGUUUCUUUGGAUCACAAACCCUUUCCUGCUCUGUGCUGGAACUCAGGUGGCAGAACCAUGCUGGAUACAGCGCUGGGCAAAGGCCGAUGGCUGGGGUGCAAGUGGGAUCAUUAAAAUCGGAGCAGUGGGACA